AUGAUGGAUCUUUGGACUGAACUGCAACACGUACGUCGUCAAUGUUCUGACUACAAGGAGCAAACGCUUCGAGAUCUGGCAAAUCAACGCGAGGAAUUCGCACGUGUAAUGCGUAAUAUCGGCGGUAUUUCACGUCAGCUGAGUGUGACCUAUGAUGUGAGUGCUUUAUCCCCGAUAAUCCCCGAUAAUCCCAUCAUUUGCCGAAAAAUCUGCUCACCAAAACCUAUCAAGAAGCUCUGUAAAAAGCUAAACCGAGCAUGCAAUCUGUAUCAAUCAAGAGAUUUCACGGCUUUGAAAUAUUGA